AUCUUUGUUCAACUCUUGUGCAAAGCCAGUCUUCUGCUUUCUGAGCACUGCCUCAGUUCCUAAAAUUCUUAAUUUUUAAGAAUUUUAACUGCUUUCUCAAUGCGGGAAGAUUGUUGGUUAGCUUGGGGAAAAUGGAGAUCCCCUUGAGCCCAGAUGCAUUGCUGAAAUUGUGUUCUACAAGAUGGUUUAUUGGGGAAGAGAAACGUGUUGGGACACGGACCGUCCUGAUUGGUCACCGCCCAGUUUCUGAAACGGAGGGUUAUAUUCUGCAGAAAUUCUGUGACAACAGGAUAAUCUCCUCCAAGUACACAGUCUGGAAUUUUCUCCCAAAGAAUCUCUUUGAACAGUUCCGAAGAAUUGCCAACUUCUACUUCCUUAUCAUCUUCCUUGUGCAGGUCAUAGUAGAUACACCAACGAGCCCAGUCACCAGUGGACUUCCUCUUUUCUUCGUUAUUAUUGUUACAGCUGUUAAACAGGGUUAUGAGGAUUGGCUACGGCACAGGGCGGACCAGGAAGUCAACAAAAGCAAGGUCUUUGUGAUUGAGGAUGGAAAGCGAGUGAGGAAGGACUGUGAUGCAAUCCAGGUUGGUGACAUAGUAGAAGUGACAACAGAUGAAACCUUUCCCUGCGACCUUGUAUUUCUUGCAUCGAGUAGCAAAGAUGGAACUUGUUAUGUCACUACAGCUAGUUUGGAUGGAGAAUCAAACUUCAAGACUCACUACACUGUGCAGGAUACUGCCAAACUCUCUACAUGCCAAGCCAUAGAUUGCCUUAUUGCCACAAUUGAAUGUGAACAGCCUCAGCCAGACCUCUACAAGUUUGUUGGGAGAAUUAACAUCUACAAGGACAACCAGGAGCCUGUAGCCAGGGCACUGGGCCCCGAAAACCUGUUGCUGAAGGGAGCAACACUGAAAACGACCCACAAAAUCUAUGGGGUUGCUGUCUAUACUGGGAUGGAAACAAAAAUGGCUUUGAACUACCAAGGAAAAUCUCAGAAACGCUCUGCAGUGGAAAAAUCGAUCAACACUUUCUUGGUUGUUUAUUUAUUCAUUCUUGUGGGCAAGGCCAUGGUGUGCACCUCUAUGAAGUACUUCUGGAUAAGCCAGCAUGCUGUUGAUGAACCUUGGUACAACCAAAAGACCCAAAGAGAGAGAGAGACCUUCAAGCUCUUAAGAAUGUUCACAGAUUUCCUAUCCUUCAUGGUCUUGUUCAAUUUCAUCAUUCCAGUCUCCAUGUAUGUGACAGUAGAAAUGCAGAAAUUCUUGGGUUCUUUCUUCAUUUCUUGGGACAAAGAGAUGUAUGAUGAGACAAUCAAAGAAGGGGCCUUGGUGAAUACCUCUGACCUCAAUGAGGAGCUUGGUCAGGUUGAAUAUGUGUUCUCUGAUAAAACUGGGACACUGACAGAAAACACCAUGGAGUUCAUUGAGUGCAGCAUUGAUGGAUACAAGUAUAAUGGUUCCAUGACAGAGGUUGAUGGGCUCAAGUAUUAUGAGAAAGCAGAGAAGAGUCGAGAAGAGCUGUUCCUGCGUGCUUUGUGUCUCUGCCACACUGUUCAGGCUCGGCAUGGUGAUAAAGUUGACUCAGGAAAAUCUCGUCUGGAGACCUCAUCUCUAAAAUAUGUCUCCUCUUCCCCGGAUGAAAUAGCUUUGUUGACAGGAGCUAAAAAGUAUGGUUUCACUUUUCUAGGACAAGAAAGUGGCGUCAUGAAGGUACAGAACUGCAAUAAAGAAAUUGAGAGAUACAAGCUGCUUCACGUUUUGGAUUUUGAUUGUGUCCGCCGUCGAAUGAGUGUUAUUGUGAGGAUGCCAUCAGGGAAGAUUAUCCUGUUCUGUAAGGGUGCAGACUCCUCUGUGUUUUCAAGGGUGCCAGAAUCUGAAAUACUGAAAACAAAAGUACACGUAGAACGCAAUGCAAUGGAUGGGUAUCGGACACUUUGUGUAGCCUUCAAAGAAAUAUCUGAACAUGAUUAUGAGAAAAUCAAUGACAGUGUCAAAGAAGCUACAAUGGCACUACAGGACAGGGAAACAAAGAUGGCAGUGCUUUUUGAUGAGAUCGAAAGAGAUAUGCAUUUGAUUGGAUCCACUGCAGUGGAAGACAGUCCCCAGGAACGUGCAGCGGAAACCAUUGAGGCUUUGCAUGCUGCUGGCAUGAAGAUCUGGGUGCUGACUGGGGACAAGAUGGAAACGGCCAAGGCAACCUGCUAUGCCUGCAGGCUCUUUCAGGCUAAUACAGAACUGCUGCUUCUGACGACACAAACCGUGGGAGAGGAUCACCAUAAGGAAGAACAACUGUACAAGCUAAUGAUGGAAUAUCACAAAAAGGUGGUGAUUGACAUGCCUGGAGAUGUGAAAAGGAGCUGGACACUCAGUCACGAAUAUGGGCUAGUGAUCGAUGGCGCGACCCUGUCCCUAAUCUUGAACCCUUCUCAAGAAUCAUGUUCCGGCCACUACAAAAACAUCUUCCUACAGAUUUGCCUCAAAUGCACUGCAGUAUUGUGUUGCCGAAUGGCCCCUUUGCAGAAAGCACAGAUUGUUCGAAUAGUUAAGAAUUCGAAAGGCAACCCGAUAACUCUUGCAGUAGGAGAUGGUGCCAAUGAUGUUAGUAUGAUCUUGGAAGCUCACGUUGGCAUAGGUAUUAAAGGCAAAGAGGGCCGCCAGGCAGCAAGGAACAGUGACUAUGCCAUCCCCAAGUUUAAAGACUUGAAAAGAUUGCUGUUGGCACAUGGGCAUUUGUACUAUGUCAGAAUAUCACACCUUGUACAGUAUUUCUUCUACAAGAACCUUUGCUUCAUUUUCCCACAAUUUUUAUACCAGUUCUUCUGUGGUUUCUCACAACAGCCUCUGUAUGAUGCAGCUUACCUUACCAUGUUCAACAUCUGUUUUACAUCUAUGCCUAUUGUGGCCUACAGUCUACUGGAGCAACAUAUCCCUAUUGACACCUUGAUGUCCUUUCCAAAGUUAUAUAUGAAUGUUUCUGACAAUGCAAUGCUGCAGUUGAAGCCCUUCUUGUAUUGGACCUUCCUGGGCCUUUUUGAUGGACUUGUGUUUUUCUUUGGGGGUUAUUUUCUUUUUCGGGAGCCUUCUUUAGAGGACAAUGGAAAGAUGUCUGGAAACUGGAGUUUUGGAACCAUGAUUUUUACAGUGCUGGUGUUCACUGUCACCCUGAAGCUGGCAAUAGACACUCGUUUUUGGACGUGGCUAAACCACUUCGUCAUUUGGGGUUCAUUGGCCUUCUAUGUGUUUUUCUCAUUCUUCUGGGGAGGAAUCCUUUGGCCUUUCUUGAAGCAACAAAAAAUGUAUUUUGUAUUUGCCCAACUGCUGUCUUCAGCGGCCACCUGGCUGGCAAUAUUUUUCUUGAUCUUCGUCAGCCUUUUCCCAGAAAUCAUUGUAAUAAUCUUUAAAAAUACAAAAAGAAAAAGCCGCCAGGCUGUUCCUUUGGAGCUGCCGAUAUUGGUGUCCUACAAACACAGGGAGAAUGGCUACACCUAUUAAGUGAGGUCCAGAGAAACACCAUGACUCCUUUUACAGAACGAUGCCCUCUCAGGAUACUUCGGAUGCAAAGAUUAUAACCCCAGCACGUGGGCUUAAAUCAACAGCACUCUUGCUCUCUCUGCUACAAACUGAGUAUCAGAAGCAAUCAAAAAGGAAGCCAAGAGAAUUAUUCGUUUUGUUUGUUUGUUUUUAAAACAAAGACCCCUUUUUUGUUUGCAUUUUUAAAAUAAUGGGGAAGGCGUCUCUUCUGGAUUUCCCUUCUUUAACCCCCUUGAGAAACUAAACUUGCUGUUCUGCUAAAUAAAAUGUUGGGGGAAACUACGAGAGACUUUGGUACUUGGAAGACUUGUGGCCUGUUCUGUUGAUGCAGAUUCAUCCAGGAAAGGUGAAGCGCUACUAAAGUUUUCUCUCUUUUGUUUCUUCCCUGCCCUGACCAAAGAAAUAGCACAAGUUUAUGUUCCGAGGGCAGUGUUCCGAUUUUCCACGGACAGCACUAGCAAAUCUUGUAUGUCAUUAUGUGGCUUGGCCAUAAAUUUGAAUCAUGUUGAUAUA